AUGAAACUAACCGUAAAGUGUUCUCUCGCAGGGGAGUCGGGUGGCACAAAGGAGCUUGUUAUACACAACCCAAAGGCGACGCUCAGCAACUUGCGAGCUGCUAUUGCCAUUAACUUUCGACUCCCUGUUCAUAGUUUUCGCAUGAUUCAUAGCUCUGUUGAUUUUAGUAGCGAACAAAUACUACUGCGUGAUAGUGGGAUUCAGGACGGCGACUUAAUUACAGUGGCAGCGAAGCGCGACAGAGAAGAGGAGGAGAGUGAGGGACAACAACAACAACAACAACAAGAAGGAGAAAAAGGAGAAGCAUCAGGGAAACAUACCGCUGUUGAGAUUACAAAAACCUCCACCACGAACGACUCCUCUCUCUCUGUUGUACCAGCCAGUAGUGGGGAAGUUGUGAGAGAAGCAGAAGGAUCUGGAGUAGGGCAAAUGAUGAUCAACAAUAAUGACAGUGAUGAGGAAAUGGAGGAGGAGGAUGAGGAGGAUAUGAUGGAGGAUGGGGCUAGAGAGAUGUUGAGUCAUCUUCUAGCCACAGUCCCUAAUCUCUUGGAAAUGCGACAACAAUUUUUGGCUAAUCCAGCUGAAAUCAUGCAGCAAAUCAGGGAACAAGAUCCGAGAUUAUUUGAACUUAUUACAGCUAAUCAUCAGGAGUUUCUAGAUCUUGUGAAUAAUGAGGCUCUAGUGGAGACCCUGCAACGUGAACAAGAAGAGGAACAGAAUGGUCUUUUGGAUGAAGAAGAAGGCGAUUUUGAAUAUGAGGACGAAGCGGAAGAUCUCAUUAAUUCACUCAUGGCAGAAUAUAUGGGAUCUGUUGCAGCAGCGGCUCUUGCGGAUGGGGAUGAUGAGAAUGAACCCAAUGAGGCGACAGAUGUUGCGAUUACAGAAACACAGCGGUAUCUUGACAGGAUACCAACAGAGGAGGAGGAGGCGAAGAUUGAACAGCUGAUGCAACUGGGUUUCACGAAAGACCAGUGUAAGGUAGCUUUUUUUAAGGCAAAGCGAAGUCUUGAGCGGGCGGCUAAUCUGCUUUUUGAAGACCCACCACAGCUGUAA